CUAGCUGAGCGCAUGCGCCGUGGCUUCCAACUAUCUUACCCGGAAGUACUUUGAAGGUCUUGUUGCGUCGUUAGACGUUUAGCGUUAGAUAACAUUUCACUGUUGUAGUUCCAGUGCCGGUCCCGAAAUGGGUGUUAAAAUAGAAAUGUUUAGAAUGAUGCUGUAUCUCUCCUUUCCCGUGACCAUGUUCUGGAUCUCAAAUCAAGCAGAGUAUUUUGAAGAGUACAUAGUAAAGAGAAAGAGGGAGAUCUUCCCCCCUGACGACGGACUGCGCAGGAAAGAGAUGGAGGACUUCAAAGAGCGAAUGCGUGCCCGUAAGGAGAAGCAACUACUAAAGGCAAUGACAAUGGGUUCUGAGAAUUGAGAGUUAUGUGUUGAAGAGAUGCUUUUAUACUAUUUACGCCACUGCUGGAGGAUCAUCUGCCCGUUUUUAUUGAAUAAAAAUGGUCGGACAGUGUGAUUGAAUCUCUCAAGGAACACUCCAGUUGCCUGAAUUCUUUGUAUUUAAAUGACUGGUGAUUUGUUGUUUAAUGCAUUGUCAUCAAAUUAUUAUUUGAGUAAUUUUCAGAAUCUAUCCUUUUAUUUUUAUUUACAUAUUUAUUGUUUUACAACAUAUGAUUGCAGCGAGUUAGCAUUUUUGGCAACAUUAAACUGAAAGAGACAUUAAUACCAAAGCACAUACUGUAUGUGAACUCUUUGGAAUUGAGCACACAUAUUUUUUUCAGGGACAGAGAUGAUAGUAACUAUUGCUCUUAGAUGUUGAUUUAUGGUCUUCGAAACUUUUGAUUUCUGUUUUGGGUUAUUUUGUUGGGAAAUAAAAUGUAAAAUUUCA